AUGGAACCAACAUUAUGUUUCAGUUUAUGUGAAACACCAAUAAUCUAUAUACAGAGUUCAAUAUGUCGAUGUUCAUGGAGUGGUCUUAUGGAUUAUAGUCGACGGAAAGACACACAUUGUUCAAUACGCUGUCCAAAGUCAGGUUCCCGUACAGUCAAAACAAGCAAUACAUGUGGUGGAUCAGAAAGUUAUUCAGCUUAUGCUGAAAAUCAAUUUUAUACCAAACACGCCCAUUUACUUGAUUAUCGAAUUCAACUUAGAUCAUGCGAAUUUUGGAAUAGUUCUACUGAUAUGAAUAGAUUACAAGUUAAAAUUGACAUAUCUGAAAAACUAGCAUUGAAUACAUUAGAACGAUGUGCGGCUGCAUGUAUUGAUCAGAAUAUGACGACAAAAGCCAUAGCUUUCAACAGCGAUAGUAGUCAAUGUUCAUGCAUAAUGCAACAGGAUUUAAGCGUGAGUUCUAGUAGUACACUUAAUUUAAUAAUUUUAUCAAAUAAUACAUGUGAUCAUUAUUGUGAUAAUACAUUUGGUGACUCAAACAUGGAACAUAGAUUUAAAUGUGGCUCAAAAAAUGAUACUCGAAUAUGGACUGUAUAUGAUUUAGGUGAUACAUGUCCACCUCAUUCUGUUUAUGUAAAAGAAUUAAAGGAAUGCAUGUAUUCGAAAGGUACCAUCUCGUAUUCAUGCCCAUCUUCAACGGUAAAAUAUGCUUAUGAUGGAAAAAUAAAAUGGAAUGACUUUUUGAAAAUUAUCGAUAAGUUUAACUUAACAAAAGCGAAUGUUAGAAUAGAUUUUGAUGAUGAUGAUAUUAUUGACUCUAAAUGGAAAUGUUCAACGGAAAUUUCAAGCAGUUAUUAUUCGGGAUUUUCUAGCUUUAGUUCUUAUUCAGGUUAUCAAGCUUAUACAAUAAGCAAUGGCUGUUUACGUUCACAAAGAUAUACAGCGUCUCAAUAUCUAUCAUUAAAUCAAUUAUGUGUAAGUUAUUCAAAAAGUGAUGAUUCAUCAUCUAUAUACGGUAGCCGUUUAUCCAAUUAUAAAAAUUCUAUAAAUCAAAUGUCUUCUGAUUGUCCAAUGAACUGGCUUGAUUUAAAUAAGUACUGUUAUCGAAUAUCGGAUACAAGUAAAACAAUACAAGAAGCAAAAUACAGUUGUAUUGCUGUAGCUCAAUCUGAACUAAAUGAAGAAUAUGGCGACAUUACAGUAUCUAUUGACGAUGAUGAAUACAGUGACGGUUAUCGUGAUGCUUAUCACAUGGCGACAGAAGAAAAUGAUAAAACCAACAAUUUUACCAAAGAAUUACAUAGAGGCGAAGUCGCUCAAUACUCAUCACAAUGGCAAGGUCGUCUUGGCUUUUUCCUACUUGACACAAAUAUAUCAAGUAAUUCACUAACAAAUAAAAGUAUACAAUCGCCGAUGUCCAAUGUUAAUAAUGCUCGUUCCUUUAUAACUGAAUUCCAAAUAGCUAAUGUUGAUAAUUCAACUGGCAAGAACGAUUCUUGUUUAGUUUUUACACGUUCAGUGAUCGAUAAUUCUAUUGUAACAAGUACAUCAAUCGAUAAUUGCUCGAAGUCAAGACAUGUAUUAUGUGCAAUGAAACCAAUAAGGGGAAGUAAUUCUCUAUUUGGUUGCUUUCCAAAACCAUUAGCGCUUGGUUUACCAGCUGUAAUAUCAAAUCAUUUAACAUAUAAAUUAUGUUUAUCUAUUUGUCAAAAAUUAAAAACAAAGUUAGCUAUUCUUCAAAUGAAUAGAUGUUAUUGUUUAAAUCAUGGUACUACAUGGCUUAAUGAGACUAUACGAAAUAAUGCCAACUAUGAAAAAGUACAUUGUGGAAAUCCUUGCCCGGGAAAUAAACAUGAACAGUGUGGUGAUAAAGACAUAAUCGUUGUUUACAAUGUUACUCGUCCUAUAUUAUCAUAUACAUCAUACUUAACUGAAUCCGAUAGACAAAAUCCUGAUUUCAGUUAUGACAGUUGCGUCUAUUUAUCUUCUGUGAAUCCAUCGACUAUGUAUCAAUUCAACUUCAAGUCUACAUCUGAUAUUCAUCCACGGCGUUGUUUAGAAAUAUGUGAUAAAUAUCACCAACACUAUGCUCUUCUAAAUGGAAACAAAUGUGUAGUUCCACCACCGAAUUGA